AAGAUUUCAGAGAAACAUAAAAAUGGAAUGAAAAAAUUGGAGGAAAAUGAGAAUCGGAGGCGAUCUCCCGAGAUGGGUUCUCAUACUAACCAUUCUACACCGAGUUUCCCGCUACUCGGCCUCUGAUGUCUGCCGACUCAGUGUUCUUGACCGCUACAAUCUCUACACCUUUUCUUUGGCUUCUCCCACGUCCAAGUUCCCUCACGGCGUCCUAAGCGAAGAUGGGUUUUACAAGGUAGCUGUAAACGAGACCGUGCUCUGGUUUCAGCUUUGCGAUGGAAUGAUUUUUAACCACGAUCCACCAACAUGUGCUGACUGCUGGGAUUGUGGGGGUCCAUCACACUGUGGCAUGGAUUGUAGUGCGCUUGUGGCUAACAAUGUAAAAGGUUAUCAUGUAUGCACAACUAUUGGGCGUGCAUCAAGUGUAGACAUUAAUCUAAUUGAUAAAAAUAUUCCAAAGAAGGGUGUCACUGUUAAGAUGUCAAGUAAUGGUCCAGAUGUUAACUGUUCACUCUCUGUAUCUGUUAUUUGCGAGUCAAAUGGAGUUCAAGGACCAUAUUCACUGGAGCAAUCAGGAACCUGUGAUUAUGCUACAGAGAUGAGGCAUCCUUCUGGUUGUGCUGAGAUUGUAUCUGUUCAUGGUAGAGGAUUGGGCUGGUUCAGCACCUUCUUAAUCAUAUUAUUUUGCUUCCUAGGAGUGUAUCUGCUGGUUGGUACAGUUCAUCGAUUUUUCUUCCUUGGAGUUCGUGGUGUAGACAUCAUCCCGAACUUGGGUUUUUGGACCAGCUUACCACAAAGAACACAGAGUUCGUGUGCAUCUCUAGUGCGGAAAUUUAGAGGGCCUUCCCAAGGCCAUCGGGAUUCAUAUUCUGCAGUCAACUUCUGAGCUUUGGGCAAGCACAUCUGCUUCCCUAGGUUAAAUUGAUGAAUCAAGUUUCAGUCCUCUCCAAUGGUAUGAAUAUUCUGCAUGUGUAUGCAAAUGGAUUGAAUUUUCUGGUUCCCUUCACUCUCUCAAUCAAAGCCCAAUGCUUUCACAGUUUGAGGAAGCAGAGUUGUUUUUUUUUUUUUUUUUUUUUUCAAUUCUUAGAUGAAUUGCCAUUAUUUUCUUGACAUGUAACCUUCAUACAAAAUUCCUUUCUUCAAUUUUUUGUUGUAUCUGCUAUAUUUAAAUAUAUGUGCAGACUUAUCAUUUUUUUUCCCU